GCCAAUCUUACCGAUUCCAUAGAUAUUUUUCAGUAUUUUAAUGCAGCGUCCCUUACAUACUGUGUGUGAGUUUAUUCAUACGUAAAACAAUGAAAUGAACCUUCUCACUUCCAGAGUUCCAGACAAUAAUGAUGUUUUCUGACACACUGUCAAUCUCAGUGGAGAGCAGAGCUGCAGUUAUGAUGACUCUGGAGGAGAAAACAAGUGUAGGAGGCUUUACACUUUCUAUUUGUUCGUUUUUUUUAUUUGCAGGGAUGAACACAAGUUAAGGGAUAAUGUUGCUAGGAGACCCUCACAAAAGCGCGUUUUGCCCGGAGUCAUGCAGGAGCCCACAUGCACUGAGAUGCAUACUGUGCGUGAGCGCCCCCUCCCCUGUUCUCGCUCCUGUCCUCGCUCAUUCUAACCCAGCCGUCAGCAUCCAGAGGAAGGAUGGUCGCCGCGGCGAUGCGGGGAGCGCCUUUAUCUCCCAUAUUUGUUUCCUGCUAAUUGCCGAGCUGCAGUUUGUCCCCGGAAAGGCUGGAAUGAGCAGAGCUUGGAUUUUGCUGAAAAGAGCGGCGGCGGUGAAAACGAGCUGAAAUGUGGAUUUUCUUGCUCACAGGAGAUUUUUUCCAGCUUUAUUUUCUGUAUUUCAGUCUGUGAAAUGUGGCAUCACUGAGGAGCAGUUUUCCUUCAGUCGGGAUUUUUUAUUUUUGAACUUUCUGUGGUGACUAUUCUCCAAAAAUUCUCUCACAAACUUUUUCUUUUACUCUAAAAAACCUCCAGUUUUGUUUCUUAGCCUCCAUCCGUGGUCUUUGGCUGAGGGCAGGCUGGAACCGCUACGUGCACACUGCGUGCACUCUCUCCCCACUGUCAGCUCCUUCAACGUGCACUCCCCCCCCAUUCCUCUCUCUGCCCCGACACCAUGCACUCCUCCUCCUCCUCCUCCGGCGAGCUCUGGAACGCCACCGAGCAGCUGGGGGUCAACGUCUCCGAGGGCAACGUCUCCGGAGGGAUGCGGCCGGAGGAUGCUGAGGAGGAGGAAGGGGACCAGCAUCCUUUCCUGACCGACGCCUGGCUGGUCCCUCUGUUCUUCUCGCUCAUCAUGCUGGUCGGACUUGUCGGGAAUUCUCUGGUGAUUUAUGUCAUUUCCAAACACCGGCAGAUGAGGACGGCCACCAACUUCUACAUAGCAAACCUGGCGGCCACUGAUAUCAUCUUCUUGGUGUGCUGCGUCCCCUUCACCGCCACCUUGUACCCCCUACCCGGAUGGAUCUUCGGCACAUUUAUGUGCAAGUUUGUUGCUUUCUUGCAGCAGGUGACAGUGCAGGCCACUUGUAUCACCCUGACUGCAAUGAGUGGAGACCGCUGUUAUGUGACCGUCUACCCCCUGAAAUCUCUCCGCCACCGCACCCCAAAAGUAGCCAUGAUUGUCAGUAUCUGCAUAUGGAUAAGCUCCUUCAUACUGUCAACUCCCAUUCUAAUCUACCAACGUCUAGAGGAGGGGUACUGGUACGGCCCCAGACAGUACUGCAUGGAAAGAUUUCCCUCAAAGCUUCAGGAGAGGGCCUUCAUCCUCUAUCAGUUCAUAGCUGCAUACCUGCUGCCUGUGAUCACCAUCUCCUUCUGCUACACUCUGAUGGUGAAAAGGGUCGGCCAACCCACAGUGGAACCAAUAGACCACAACUAUCAGGUCAACCUUCUGUCCGAGAGAACCAUCAGCAUCAGAAGCAAAGUCUCCAAGAUGGUGGUGGUGAUUGUUCUACUCUUUGCCAUCUGCUGGGGUCCCAUCCAGAUAUUUGUCCUUUUUCAGUCCUUCUAUCCAAACUACCGUCCAAACUACACGACCUACAAGAUCAAGACAUGGGCCAACUGCAUGUCCUAUGCCAACUCCUCAGUCAACCCCAUCAUCUAUGGAUUCAUGGGGGCCAGCUUUCAGAAAUCCUUCAGGAAAACCUUCCCCUUCCUGUUCAAGCACAAGGUCCGAGAUAACAGCAUGGCCUCAAGGACUGCUAAUGCCGAAAUCAAGUUCGUGGCUGCAGAGGAGGGGAACAAUAAUGACUGACAGUAAACGCAAAAACACAAAAGGAGGGAGUUUGAAUUAUCUAAAGAUGUACAAUAAUAAUGAAUGUAUGGUUUUUAUUAAUUAAAAAACAUGUUUAAUGUCACGGGGCUGCACGGUGGCACAGUGGUCAGCGCUCUUGCCUCACAGCGAGAAGGCCCCGGUUCAAAUCCCGGCUGGGGGAUU